AUGCUGCUGCUGGUCCAGAAUCCUGCUUCACGGAGAUCGCUCCUCGGAAUUCCGCGUGCUAGAGUGAUUCCCUAUCCUCUGUUCAGCAAGACUCGUCUUCGAGUCUGCUGCCGUCUGAGUAGCACGUCAACAACCCCCGCACCGAAAGUGCCAAUCGGCAAGAAAUUCCCGGAAAGGUUGCUCAUCUACCAUGCCGGUACUCCCCGAACGGUGUUUCUCGGCUGCACGAAGGUCACCACGAUCUUCCUCUGCAUCUUCUUCUGCACCGUGAUGGCGCCCACGCACUUCCACGGCGAGGAAUCAAACUGGGUCGCAGCUGGCGUCAUGCUUUCGGGACUCGUCCCGGUCUCCUACGUCGCCUACACGUCCGCGCCCUUCGUGACGUACAUCCACCUCCGGCUCCCGGCCUUCGCGCGCCAGUCGCAGCAGAUGCUCCUCCGCUACUCCAAGAGCCUACCGAAGAACGCGGAGAUCGACAUCACGACUAUGAACUUCGUGGGCAAGCCACGCGUCGCGCGCGUCAAGCUUGCAGACCUCUAUCCGGUCCGGCGGCGCUGGGGGUUUGCGAACUAUGCGCGCGACACGCAGGCGAUUGAUGCGCGCCGGCCUUGGUAUCUGGGGAAGGCGGUGGCCCUGUUCGGGGUGCACAAUGAGAAGAGCGGGGUCAUGGACGGGCAGGUCUGGGACCAUGUUGCCGCGGCUAUUGCGAAGAACAAGAGGAAUUGA